AUGUUUGGCAAUUACUCUAGUGCCACUGAAUUUUGUCUCCUUGGCUUCCCUGGCUCCCAAGGACUACAUCAUAUCCUCUUUGCUACCUUCCUCUUCUUCUACUCAGUGACAUUAAUGGGAAACACGGUCAUCGUCGUGGCUGUCUGUGUGGACAAGCGCCUGCAGUCCCCCAUGUACUUCUUCCUCGGCCACCUCUCUGCCCUGGAGAUCCUGAUCACAUCUGUCAUCGUCCCCAUCAUGCUCUGGGGCUUGCUGCUCCCUGGGAUGCAGACAAUAUCCCUGGCUGGAUGCGUCGCCCAGCUCUUCCUGUACCUUGCUUUGGGGACCACAGAGUUUGCAUUACUGGGAGCGAUGGCUGUGGACCGUUACGUGGCUGUCUGUCAUCCUCUGAGGUACAACAUCAUUAUGAACAGCCACACCUGCAUCUGGGUGGUAAGCGUGUCGUGGCUGUUUGGGUUCCUUUCUGAAAUCUGGCCAGUCUAUGCCACGUUUCAGCUGACCUUCUGCAAGUCAAAUGUGCUAGACCAUUUUUUGUGUGACCGAGGGCAACUGCUCAAGCUGUCCUGUGACGACACUGUUCUCACAGAGUUUGUUCUUUUUUUAAUGGCUGUUUUCAUUAUCGUUGGUUCUCUGGCACCAACAGUUGUCUCCUACACGUACAUCAUCUCCACCAUCCUCAAGAUCCCCUCGGCCUCUGGCCGCAGGAAGGCUUUCUCCACGUGUGCCUCCCACUUCACCUUUGUGGUGAUCGGCUAUGGCACCUGCCUGUUCCUCUACGUGAAACCCAAGCAAACGCAGGCAGCCGAGUACAAUAAGAUAGUCUCCCUGCUGAUUUCUGUGUUAACCCCUUUCCUGAACCCUUUCAUCUUCACCCUCCGAAAUGACAAAGUCAAAGAGGUCCUUCGGGAUACUGUGAAGCACUGCUGUCAAUUUUUCAAGGAUUAA